CUCAUCACCCCGCGUGGACCUCCAGAAUUAAGGAUUCCCCAACAAACGCUCCGUAUUACCAAUUUUCUCUAACCAGAUUUCCCGAACAUAAAACUAGACAACAUGGAUAUCAGAGUUCUCCAACCAUCAGAUAUUCCCCAUGUACAAUUAGCGAACAUCACGAAUCUUCCAGAAAACUACUUUUGCAAGUACUACCUCUACCACGCCUUGUCCUGGCCACAACUUUCCUACGUUGCUGUUGACCUCUCCCACUCCUCUGGCUCGCCCGGCGAACCUCCAAAGAUUGUCGGAUAUGUUCUCGCAAAGAUGGAGGAGGAACCCGCCGACGGAGUUCAGCAUGGCCAUAUCACCUCCCUGAGUGUCAUGAGGACACAUCGCCGACUAGGUCUUGCGGAAAAAUUGAUGCGCCAGAGCCAGAAGGCCAUGGUUGAAGCAUUCGGUGCAAAAUAUGUUUCCCUCCACGUCCGUGUCUCGAACAAAGCCGCGCUACACCUAUACCGCGACACAUUACAAUUUAAAGUCAACAAGGUGGAGGGCAGAUAUUACGCGGAUGGAGAGAACGCGUAUUCUAUGAGGAAGGAUUUGACCUUUCUGGAAGAAGCUGAGAGCGAGAGCGAGAACGAGGGCGAGGAGAAGGUUGAGGAUGUGGGCAUUGACGGAGACGUCCCUGAGGGAGGCGAGAAAAAGAAAAAGAAGAGUAGGGCGAAAAAGUACAAGCUAGGGAGGGCACUUGGGGUUGCGGAUUUACAGGAGGUUGACGGGAGGGCUUCAUAAUUGCUUGGAGAAGCAUGUCCCACAAUUACUCUUUCUUUUUGCAAUGGUGUUUUUCGGUAUUAAAAGUGUUUUUCUCUUCUCUCGGGGACUGAGGACAUCCGAAUAAAGUAAACCGCUGUCACGGUAAUAUAGGAGAUGGAAUGUUAAACAGAGU